GGGAUACUGUAUAGGGGGGGGACCCAUGAUGAGUUUAGUUCCUCAAGAAACAAACCUAGGUUUCCCAUUUUUCUUGUUAUAUGUCAAUGAAUUACCGCAAAUGCUCAACUUUUCGGUGCUGCUAUUCGCGACGAUGUAAAAGUUCGCAGAGUCAUACGUAGUGGUGCUGAUAAGUAUGCACUUUAAGGGGCUUCGGACAACUGGUAGGUUGGUCCAAACGGUGACUGUAAAUCAACUCUAGUAGGAGUGCGAUAAUACACAUUGGUCGUGUUAGUUGUUUCCGGUAUUGGGUUGAUGGUACACCACUGCUCCCGGUCUUUGAACUGAAAGACUUACGUGACAUCAUAAGCCAUGAUUUGAGAACUUCGGCACACUGAUGCAGCUGCAGCAAAAGGCUUCUGUGUAUUGUAUUAUGGUCCAUCCACAGAGCUUCCAAAAGUUUCGGUCAGGAUAUGUUCAGAGUAUUCUAUUCUCCUUACGUUACGCCUCAUUCGGAAUACUGCUUUCUCGCGGCCAGUCCAUGUCUAAAAAGGCGUGCUGACAUAGUCAAGAGUGUUCAAAGUAUAGUUACUAAGCUUAUGGCAGGCCUUUCGAAUCUGCCCUAUGAGGAGCGACUAGAUCGGCUAAACUUGUCUCCGCUGUUUUACAGCAGGAAACUGGGUGAUCUCAUACCGGCAUUUCGUAUCCUUAAUAAUGAAUUCGGUACUGAUAUGUCGUAUCUCUUUGCUCUUGCUAGUAUUGGUUAUCUCCAAGGGCAUCACAAGAAAAUCCAAAAACCGCGAUCGAAUCAACUUAGCGUGAAUCUGCGUUUCUCCCAUCGUGUGGCCAACGUCUGGAACUCCUUGCCUUAGCAAGUAGCAUCAGCACCUUCGGUCAACGUGUUAGAGUAAAAACUAGCUCUUCACAGAGAUAUCUUCUGCAAGGAUCAACACAGACCAAAUGAAUUACUAUCCGUAUUACUGAAAACUGAAACUUAUUUCGUCUGUAUUCAAGAACUGAUUUUGCUUAAUUAGUUAGCACUUGCUAUAUACCUGUACGAGCGUUUCUUUUGGGAAAGGAAGUACUUCAAGUUAAGAUAUCAGUUAACUAGGCCCUCCCCAUCUGACUUAGUAAGCCGCAACGUCAUUUUGUAUGCUAUGAUUUCAGUAAUAUUGUUCAUUUCGCCUUUAGUACAUCACCCAGACAGACAAACCAAAUCAACGUAGAACCUCAUACAUGAGUGCAUAGGUUCAAGUUGCCAUACUUCAUAGUAGUUUACAAAGAAGAGGUUGACAGAAAAAGUGAUAUCUAACUAGAUCAAGUUGUGAAACACAGUAUGCAACUUGAAUGUAAUGCUUAGUGGGGAUAUUCAAGCUUUAAAAGAUACCAAAGAGUGAAUACAUCGCCAUUGUGACCGAUUUUCAGCCGUGUCACCAAGAGUCGUCAACAACUGAUUCCCGUCAUCUCAGCGACGCCAGUCAGAUAGUCUACGUCUCUCCACACGGCUAAGACCAACAGUCACGGACCUCAUUUACUGUUAUAAGGUCCUGAUCUGGUCACCCUGAACAUUCUUUAAACUUAACCCAGCUUCCCCUAGCAUGGUAGGCAGUGGUUUAGCAUUCGCUGUACAUGUCCAGGCCAUUUCAUUCUAUAAAGGUUCACAAUCUCAUCAUUCGACUUGCCCUUCUCGCCUAGCAUCCUUCGCCCGACCCCAACAUUGCUCACAUGGUGAUUCCGCCAAACGUGAGUAAUGCUAUGAAGACAUCUGUGAUCAAAAUCCUGUAGUCGCUUCAUGUCUUCUACUUUUAACGACUAUGUCAACUGUGUCACAAGACAGGAUAAACUGCAGCGCAGCAUACUCGUCCUUUGAUUAAUAGUUGGAUAUCUUGCCAGUCGGUACCAUAGACUACGCGAGUUGGUAAGUGCUACCCGGGGCUUUUGUACCGGAGCUGAGGUUUUGUCAGCUACCAGCCCGUUCGGGCCCAUGCAACUCCUCAAGUAUUCCUGAAAUAUCUUUCAGAAUAAAGCCAUUAUUAUUAUUUUAAGAAAAGUGAAUUGGUUGACACAUUCCACCACUUCACUCCCUACCAUUAAACUGGGAGUGCUUGCAGCAGACCCAUCCUGGAGCAUCAUCUCAUAUUUGAUAGGUGCCAGCGAAACACAUGCCAAACACACAGAUUUCUCCUUAACGCGUUCACAAGACCCUGCAUUCUGUCAGCGUCUUCAACUAGCAGGAAAAUAUCAUCUGCAUAUUCCAAGUCAAUCAGAUGACCUCUAGGGAGUAGCUCAAUCCCUAUGAAAUCAGACGUGGACAGAAGUUAUAUGCAUUAGUAAGUCUAUAACGAAGUUAAAUAAAAACGGUGACAUUUUGCAUUCCUGGUGGACAAUGCCAGUUGUUGUCAUUCACUCUCUCUAAGCCCUGACACCGCUGCAUGAGUUUGAAUGGAGAGCUUUGAUAGGCGUUUUAUGUUUGCUGAGUACUCCCUUCACAGCUAGAUAGUGCCUCAACGCCUCACGGUCGACAGAAUUAAGCGCCGCCUUCGGGUCAAGGAAUGUGGCAAGUGUGGGCCGCCGGUAAGUAUGCCUGUGUUCCAGAACCUACUUUAGGACAUCAUUUCUACAUCACUUUAAGCACCAUCUCUUUAGGUUAAAGUUAUUAUCUUGCAGGGUUUUUAUUUCCUCCUUUCAAUCUUGUUUUUUAAAUCUUACCUUGAUUUCUUUCAGUCCCUGUUGGGGAAAAAGCGGAACUGAAAGUGGACAUGGAGCUUAACUAAUUGUAUUUUGCCUGUUUAUAUCCGUCCCUUCACUUCUUAACAGUCACACAACAUAAAAUGGAUCGAAUCAGUCUUACACUUCUGUUAUCCGCUUCUUAACAUGUCAUAUUGCCUUUCUGUAUGCAUACUUAUUUUAUUUUGAAUAUUUCUUCACUGUCAUGACAAACGUUGUUCCCCAUCUUCCUGCUUAUUAUUCAGAAUUCGUAAAAUUUUUCUUCACCUAUGGAUGACGAUGAACUUACCCAGGAGAUUCUUGACCAAUUUGACCUCAUAUGCACUCAGCAUCAAUAUGAAAACGCAUCAGCUCACAUUACUGAAGAUUCUUCAAAACUGAGACUUCAUUCUGACAAAUCAUCAAGCUUUUUAACUCGGUCAACAUCUUUAGACACGAAGUUGAAUGGAAGUGAUCAAGUGUCUCACUUUCCGCGGAAUGACAAGAUUUUAAAUACAAAUCGAGAUGAAGUUGAGCGCCUAAAAAAGGAAUUAUCUGUUUUACGCGAAGAGUUAUAUAUGAAACUAGGUGAAUUGGCUACUAUCAAAGAGUCUGCAAGUCGGGCCAAGGCUACAGAUUCUGAUACUAUCAGUAAGCUAGAAUCACAUCUUGCUUCUGAACGAAGUGAUUUCCAACGUAAACUAAGUGAAUUGAAUGCCCAAAUAGCGUUUCGUGAAGCUGAUUAUCGAUUGGUAUGUAGUGAGCUAGCUCGGUUUAAAGAAGAGGCAGCAGUCAAUAAACAAUUAUUAAACGAACGAUCUUUGGAAUACUCACCUGCAUCGCAGAUCUUAGUGUCAUUGACUUCCCCGAAUCCUGAUUUUAUUUCUAACCGGAAGGUACGAACACCUGUAUCUCGGAUACCAUCCGCAGAUUUUCAUCUCCCUGCACCAGUUACUCCUGUUCCCAGCCGAAGACAUAAAGUCCCACAUGGUUUAACAUGGAAUGUUAAUAUCACAAACGAUUUUGAAGAUAAGCUUAAUUCGUCUAUUCAAAAAGAUAAGGAUGCAAAUGAACUUUUACCAGUUGAUGAUACCACAUUGUCAAGUACGCCGAGAAAGCGACAACGUUGUGUUGUAUCACCUGAUACUAAGUCAUCACAUAACUCUCCUGAGCACGUAAGGCAACCAAUUCUUGCGUCUUUGGUUGAUGCAUGCGUUGAAACCAGCGAUGUCUUAACUGAUCCUGCUAAUAGUCGUACCUUGUGUUAUCGAAUUAUGCCGGGUACUUUUUCUAAUAUCAAGUCUUCCCAUGAAUUAACCACUGAAACGUCUGACUUGUUGUCAGAAUUAUUAGACUUAUCGAUUUCAAUUCCUCAGAACGAUAAAAGGAGGAGUACUGUCGAUAUAAAUUCUCGGGUUCCGUCGUUUUCUUCAUGUUCUACAAAUCCAGAAGAUUCUGCUUGGAUAACAUCAGAUUAUUAUCUUACAGGGAUAAGUAGACUGCUUCCAUGUUAUUCAGAUACCCUUAACCAACAGUUGUCGACCGAUAGCUGUUCGUUACGUUUGAAUCGAAUGGUUAAACGGUUUUCUGAUUCUGUACCAUAUUUGAUGUUAAGGAUUGAGGAACAAUUAAAAGCAUGCAUUCGUGCACUUUCGGAACCUUGCAGUCAAUCUGUUAGAAUUUCAGGGAACAGAUAUCAUCCAGACUUACAGGAGGUAGAUGAUGAAGCACUCAAAGAAGAGGGAGAAGAAGAAGAAAACGAAAAUGAACGACUAAAUAUGGAGAUAUCUGAUUUCAACUCUCAUGAAAUAUCCUAUUUAGGUGAAGACCCUUUUGAGGGUGCACCUGCAUCACAAACUGUUACAUCUCUUACAUUCCCAUCUCAACCUAGAUCUUUUUCAAAACAAGACAAAGUACAUCCCAUCUCACUUCAACGAAACAAAUCAUGCCCUUCAGAUAUCGGUCAUUUUCAAUCAGUCAAUCAUACUGCAGCUGAUGUCAACAAGACCAAUGAUGACAAUAGUUGUUCACUUUAUCGUCAAAUUAUGGUAAAUCAAAGUAUCAGAGGGAUUAAUCAGAUGCGAUAUUUGGUUACACUUCUUGCUUCAUGUUGUCAAAUGUCACCCGUAUCAAGUUACUGUUCCUUCAGUAAUAACUCAUUGCUAGAUGAUAAUCUUCUACCGAUUGUAAAUGAAAUUCAACAUCUUAUUCGAAUGACUUCCACUGUUUCAUCUCAGUUCAUCAAUAAGCUUGUGGAUGUUUUUAUUCAGAAUGAAGGAAAACAAAAUUUACUCUCACCAAUGACUACUGUUUGUAAUCCUGCAGGAAUGCAACAUGAACUAAUUGGUGAUGGUGUUACAUUGCUAUCAUGUUCAGUUGAAUGUACACCUUAUCAACAAUCCCAGUAUACAUCAAAGCAAAAGGUUUUCCCUUCACUAUCCAUAAUUUUACCACUUAUAACAAGCUGUCUAAAUCUAGCAGCAUUAUUUGCAAUCUUCAUUCAAACUGACAAUCAUUCAUUAGAGAAUGCCGUCGAUCAAGUUUGUGGAGCAGUUGGUAAACAAAAUACUUGUACUGAUUCAGUUACAUGGUUUCCUCAGCUUUUAAAUUGCAUCAUCAUAACAUCAGAAGCUUGUUUUGGACAAGAUGAUACAUUGAGUGAUGUUUCAACGGAUACAAAAAUCUCUUGGGGAUCAUCAUCUGAGUAUGCUAGUUCUGUGAAUACAAUCAAAACUCGUACUAUUAUAACUUUGAAACCAUUGAUUAGUUUUCUUCGCCUAUGGAAGAAUAUGAUAUCUCAAAAGCAUUGGAAUGGCGGUCAUUGUUCUGAUUCAUGGUGGAAUUUAAGAUGUGAAAAGCUGGAUACUGAUCAUAAGGAUUCAACAUUACCAAAAGAUAUCCGUGAACAGUAUAUUGAAAGACUAUUUGGUGCAUCUAUUCGAUGUCGACUACUUGCAUUAUGUGUAUGGAUUUGCCAGUUUUCUGAUCAGCUUAAUCAGUCUACAAUAGUACUAGACUCUUCAUCACAUAAUUAUACUGAACUAUAUCAUUCAUUGGAAAUGCAAAAGAUUGAACUCCUAGCUGAAUUUUCUGGAUUUAUUGCUGUGCUUACUCAACGUGACGACGUAGUUUGGCCAGAUAAUUGUUGCUGUAAGGCUCAAGUUUAUUCAACACUAGUUCAUUUAGCAGCAGAUCCUUUGCAAAUUCUUUUGACAACACCUACCAGUUUUUUGUCUGAUCCAUUCUGUCAUUAUCAUCAACAACACAUGUCAUCACUAACGAUUCAAUUAAUGGUCAAACAGAAAAUCUGUUUAAUUGCCUUUGGACAAUUAACACGUGCUUUGAUUGGACUACUUUGGCGACAUGGUGAUCAAAGCUUUCAAUCAUAUACAGAUUGUUUACCAGAUUAUUUUUGUUUAAUAGCAAAUCUAUCUCGAUGGAUUCAACAAUAUCAUCAGCAAGUAGAGUCAGAACCUGUCUUAGAGUUGAUGCACAAUGAUACCACACUUAGACCUGAGUUAGUUGAAGAAUUGUAUGACUUUGAGUCAGGAUUAGAAAAUCCUUCAAAUUCGAAUGUUUUCUAAGUUAACAAUUAUGUGUUUUGUGUGUAUAGAGAUAUUCGGAUGGUUAGUUUUCCCUAAACGGAACUGUGUACACUUUGUAAAUAAUCUGGUUAUUUUCUAAUUUCAUCUUUUUUAAUUUAUUUUUUAUCCCCUGAUUUGUUCAUAUCCUAUUCUUUAAUUUUUGUAAAUAAAACGCUAAAGAUUACUCUCCUUGUUUUAUUUUCUUUCUAAGCGUUAUUUUUGAAGAAAAUCAUUUUGUAAAUAAAGUGAAAUUAUUCAU